ACCCGAUCUGACCCAACGACCACCACCGAUCCGACUUGAUCCAUCGGCCGUCGGCGAUCCGAUCUCAUCCGAUAUUCUCACCGUCCAGCUCCACGUUGCGUUCAAUGAGUGCCAAUCCGCCCUCCAAAGUCGUUUUCGUCGGAAACAUCCCAUACGACCUCACGGAGACACAGCUGGUCGACAUCUUCAGCGUCGCUGGACCUGUGGUGUCCUUCCGUCUGGUCUUUGACCGUGAAAGUGGAAAGCCCAAAGGAUACGGAUUCUGUACAUUCCGAGAUGCCGAGACCGCUGCCAGUGCCGUUCGAAAUCUGGACAAGCACGAUGUCGGUGGCCGCUCCCUGCGCGUGGACUUUGCCGAGAGCGAGAAAGAAGACUCGGACGGACCAGCCAACCGCCGUGACAUGGACUCGCGCGGCGGUGGUCCCCAGCUCGCUGGCCCUCCCAGGAACAUUCCGCCAGCCAACUCGGCAGAGGUCAUCACAAGAGCGAUCCGAUCCAUGCCGUCACAUCAGCUGUUGGAUGCGUUGUCGCAAGUGAAGGCGCUUGCUCAGAACAAUCCUGACCAGUGCCGAACACUCCUGAGCCAGAAUCCCCAGCUCGCCUUUGGAAUCUUUCAGGGCUUGGUGCUGAUGAAUCUCAUCGAUCCGGCUACUAUCCAGAGUAUCUACUCGGGUCAGUCUCCCGCCAUGGGUGGUCCCGGCCCUGCUCCUGUCCCGAUGGCACCUGCCGGCAUCGCAAAUGCGCCGCCUAUCGAUCCGUAUAGUCGCCCGAUGAUGGUUCCCCCGCAGCAGCAGCCUCCGCUCCAGCCGCCGCCUCAGCCUCAACCCCAACCUCCGCAGCCUGCCUACGCUGCAGCAGCACCGAUACCGCCGCAGAUCAAUCCGGCACAAACCCUGUUUGCCAAUGCCACGCCGUCAAUGAACCUCGACCAACAGACUCAACUCAUUUUGCAGCUGAUCAACAUGCCUAUGGAGCAGGUCCAAACGCUCUCUGUCGAUCAGCAACAGAGCAUAGCGCAGCUGAAACAACUCUAUGGUGGCGGCCAGCUCUGACCAGCCAGCCAAGGGCGUUGGCUGGAUGCAACCGAGCAGCAGGGAUACACUCGAAGUAUAUGCCAUCUACUCCUCCUUGCAGAGUGGCCAGUUUCGUGCCCUCGAGCAGGGAGUUUUGCGCGCCUGGGGCCGACUGAAUAUUCCGACAGAGUGGCUGUCGGUACAAUAUAUUUCCAUUGAGCGUGGCAAUAGCCAGGAU